AUGAUGUCAUUUGAAUAGAGGAAUUAUUUAAUAGUCUUAUUAAUAUGGUGUCUAAUAACUUUAUGCUAUUGUGAAACAAUUGUUUACAAUAAUUUUAUCGGUGGACUCAGUGAUUCAUAAGUUGGUAAAAUAUUUGAUAACUAAUCUUAGAUUGGUGGAUUAGGUAUUCAGGUCCAUACUUAAGUAAUUGUGGAUCAACAUAAAUUUUAGGAGGAUAAAUAUUUGGGUCAUCACAUUAUAUAGUAAAAACAUUUGAGUUAAAUCCACAUUAUUCUUUAAGAUUAAGAUUUUACUUUUGGAGGUGUUAUAUUAAAUAAUAAUCAUAGAAUUGAUCAUUGGAAUGGGCAUAGAUUUAGAGUAUAUGUAGAUAAUAUCGAAAAGCAUAAUUAAUAAUAUUACUAUAGUUCAAGUUCAAAUAAUAUUUGUGGAUACUCAUAUUCUGAUGAAUCUAUCCUAUUGGAUUUAAGUACUGAUCACUCAAGCCCUACUACUUAAAUCUUAAUAGCAGGUGGCUUUUAUUGGGGUAUUUCAAAUUUUGAAUUAUUUAUUGAAGAAUGUCCAUUAGGUUGUGAUUCUUGUGAUUCUAAUGGAUGUUUUAAUUAAAUAUUAUUUUAGCAAUAUUUUGUUUAGAAAAAAUUUAAUGGUAUCUAUUUUAAUGAAGGAUGGUUAUCUGCUAAUCAAAUAUUUGAGAAUGGUAUAUAAUGGAAUUAAUUUAUAACUUGUAGAGGUAUUAAUGAUAAUGUAUUCUAGAUUAUUCUAUUCACUCAUCAUCUUAUUCUACUUUAAAAAAAAUAAUCACAUUAGAAGCUCAUGAUGCUAUUGGUCUUUCACUAAAAAUAAUAACUACAAAUUUAUAACAUUAAAUAGAUUUGUUAAUAGAUGAUGUAUUAAUAAUUUAUUCACAGAUUUCUUAAUAAGUAGUACUAAAUUCAUAUACUUCAUGUGAUUAUUAUGAAAUCAUAAAUCAAAUCAAAAUAAAAUAGCAUUUCCAUAAAAAUAAUAAAAUAAAAAUAACAAUUAAAGCUCGAUCUUUGUCAAGAAUCUCAAAUUCCUAUAAUUGUUGUUAUUUUGGAAUUAGAGAUUUUUAGCUAUUUAUUCGACCAUUUUUAAAUGAUGAUUAUUGUGAUGAUGAAAAUGUAUAUGCAUUUGAUGGAUGUUUUGUUUAAAUUUAUGAUUGCGUUGAAGGUUGUACAAACUGUGUCAAAGGCAUAUGUUUAUAAUGUUAGGAAGGUUGGGAAUAUUAAGAAUAAACUAAGAAAUGUUUAACAAUUUGUGGUGAUUCUUUAAUUACUCAUUUUGAAGAAUGUGAUGAUGGUAAUAAUAUUGCAUAUGAUGGAUGUUAUUAAUGUAAAUACUCUUGUCCUUUAGAAUGUUUAUUGUGUUAAUUUGGAUCAUGUUUGAAAUGGAAGACAUCUUAUUAAGAAUUUAAAAAUUAUUCUUAUAGUGAUAAUUUGAAUCUGAAAUUACCAACAGGAUAAAAAAAUGAAAAUCACAAUUAAUGCUAAUAUUUGUAUGAUUCAUUGGAAUGUUAUAAAUAUAUUAAUAAGUAAACAUAGUUAUUUUUAACUUGUGAUUCUUAGUAUAAAAUAAAUGAAAAAAGAUUAAAACAAUAUAGUAAAUAAAUAUGUGGUGAUUCUAUUAUUACAUGUAAUGAAGAGUGUGAUGAUGGCAACAUUAUAUAAUAUGAUGGAUGUUAUAAAUGUAAAUAUUCAUGUCCAUUGUAUUGUAAUGAAUGUAAAUUUGGAAUAUGUAAAAAAUGUUUACAUAAAUAUUAAUUAUUAUAUGGAUAGUGUUACUAUAUUUGUGAUGGUUCUGAAAAUUAUUAAGUUUAAGAAAAUAAAGGUUGUUAUAAUAAUAUUAAUAAUUUGAUUGAAAAUGGUCAUUACUAAUAUGAUCUUUUGAAUAACAUACAUUCUAAAUAUAAAAUAGUAAGUAGUUUAACAUGUAAUCUAGAGGAUUAUGGAAUUUUUGGAUAUUUUUAUAAUUAAUGUAAAAUAUCAGAAAUACUGAAUUGUAAGGAAACUCUUAUGAAUAAAUGUUUAGAAUGUGAUAAAUUUUAUGGAUUAGACAAUAAUAAAUUGACAUGUAGUCCAAUAUGUAAUGAUGGAAUUGUAAUAUAAUAAGAAAUAUGCGAUGACUAGAAUAAUAUUUAAUUUGAUGGAUGUUAUAAAUGCAAAUAAAGUUGUUUAUUAGAAUGUAUAAAUUGUAUUGGUAAUAAAUGUUAUUAAUGUCUUGAUGGUUGGUAACUUUUGGAUUAUAGAUGUUAUUAAUUUUGUGGAGAUGGUAAAAUAGCUGAAUCUUCAAUGGAAUAAUGUGAUGAUGGAAAUUAUAUUGAAGGAGAUGGUUGUUUUGAAUGUAAAUUUGAAUGUUUUCCAUAUUGUGAAUCUUGUGCUGAUAGAAAUACUUGUUUACUUUGUUAACAAUUCUUUGAAUUACAUGAUGGUAAAUGUAGACCUAUAUGUGGAGAUGGUUAUGUUUUAGAUGGAUUAGAAGAAUGUGAAGAUGGUAAUAUCAUUCCUUAUGAUGGUUGUUAUAAUUGUUAAUUUUAAUGUGAAAAAGAAUGCUAAACUUGUAAUUCUAUAGGAAAAUGUGAAUAAUGUAUAGAAGGAUAUUAAAUUAUUGAUAAAUCUUGUUAAAUCAAUAAUGAAAUUAAUAAUUAUAAUAAUGAUGAUGAAGAAGAAAUAGAAUAAAGUCAAUGUGGAAAUGCUAUUUAUACAAAUGAUGAAGAAUGUGAUGAUGGUAACUUAUUAAAUGGUGAUGGAUGUUCAAAUUAAUGUACCAUUGAAUUUAAUUGGUUUUGUAAUAACACUAUUAAUAAACUCAGCAAUUGUGUUCCAAAUACUGUCAUUGUAUUAAAAUAUCUUAAUCAAACUAUAGAAAAUUAAUAUGUCUAAUUAACAUUCUCUAAUCAAGUUAAAUUAAAUUAAGUCAAUCUUAAUUUUACUAAUUAAAUUAAACUAUCUAUUCAACCAGCAAUCUAAAAUAAUAAUUAUCUUAUUACUAUUAUACCUGUAGUUGAAAUUUAAGAAAAAGUUCUACUUGAUGUAAUGUAUAUCAUUUAAAUUAAUAUCCUUGAAACUAUUACAACUUAAAUUAAUCUUAAUGUUGAAAUUAAUGCUAAAUUAGAGGACUCAUAUUAAAAUGAAGUUAAUACCAGUAUUUAAACUAUUAAAUUAUUAACAUCUAAAGUCUUAAGCAAUACUUAAUUGUAAACUGCUAAUAAUUUUUAAGCUUUAGGAUUUUGGAUGAUGAUAGGAUUAUCUAUCAGUAGCCUUAUGCUUUUAUUAUUUGGAGAUCCUACUUAAUGUAUGGAAAUCUUAGAUACUUUGUAAUUUUAAUCAUAUCUUAAAUAUAUAAAUGUUAGCUUUCCUUAAAAUCUUUUAAUUUAUUUUGAAUCAUCAGAAUUUGUAACUAUUUAACCAGCUUUGGUCCAAUUUAAAAUCAUUGAUUUCUUUGAAUAUUUUAUUGGAUAUUAAAAUCUAAAAAGUAUUGGAAAGUUCUUUGAAUAUUAAUUAAAUGCAGAUUUAUUAAUCAGCAUUUAUGGAUAAAUGACAUAAAUUUGCUUUUUAAUAGGAUUACAUGUAUUCCUAAAAUAUUAUACAUAAAUAAUAUAUGCUUAUUGUUUUGGUUCUAAGUAUAUCUAUUAUUUAAGAGUAAUAAAUAACAAAAUCAUUAUAAACAUUGGAAUUAAAAUUUAUUAUCUUAAUAACAAGAUAUUAAAAUUAAAAAACUUAUUUAAGAUAUCAGGUUUAAUUUAAUUAUUCCAUGCUAAUAGCUGGGAUUUAAUAUUUAAAGUUCUGCUUUAUUUAGAAUCUAAUUAUAUUUGGUAUGGAUAACGAUAAAUUAUUUCUAACAUCAUAUCAAUUGGAUAUUUAAUAGUAAUUAUGAUCAUUUUGAUUAAAAAUUUUACAGGAUACAAAAGAAAAGUAGUAUUAAACAAUUUGAGAACUGAAUAACAUGAGAAUAUUAUUUUAAUUAAAAAGUUAAUCUUUUUAAUUGUUCUAAUAUUAAUGUAAAGUUAACCUGUCCUCUAAUGUAUAUUAUUAACAUUGGUAUUGUUAUUUUAUCUUGGAUUUAUAGUUAUUAUAAAUUUCACAGCAAAUAAACUUGAUUUAUUAAUUAUUAUUUGGAUGGAAGCACCAGUAAUGCUCUUUACUUUAUCAUGUCUUGCUCAUUGCUCAGAUUUUUAAAAAAAAUUAGCAAUAGAUUAAUAAACAUUUGUCGGAUUUCUUUAGAUUGGUCUCUUGAUACUAGCUUUAAUAUCUCCUUUAGUCAGAUGUUCAUAUUAAUUCUAUGAGAAACUUAAAGCAUAAUAUUUAAAAUUCAUAAAGGUUAAAAAACGUAUUAAAUUCAAUGUUGAUCAAAUUUUUUAAGUGGUUGAAAUGAAAAAGUGA